AUGGAUCCGGCCACUAUCCUUGCGAUUACGAACACUAUAUGUGGGACUCUGCUCAUUGUCUCAGAGACCCUGCCGUUCAUGCGCAACUCGCCCUACAACGGCAUCAUCGAGACCCUGGCGAGUCUCAUGCUCGGGUGGAGACCCCCUGGUCCCACAACAACCGCAACCACGACGACAGGGCCCUCCACCGGUCCUGUGGUCUAUGUCGCUCCGAUUCCCCCGGAGCCAGCGCCGUCUCCGCCCACAGCAGCUGCGAGCCCGGUGGGAAGUCCAAUUCCGUUCGCCACCACGGUGGUCACGACCACCACAUCGACAUUUUCGCACUGA